GUGUUUGUGCACAUGUAAUGCACGCGCGUGGAGGAUACGGCCGCUGCCGGGUGCGGGGUAGCACAGCGUGCGUUACAUCGCGCCGUGUGGCGGUGCUGUGCUGCAGGUCUGGCCGCGCUAUACCCGCUACAGCCCAGCCAGACAGCCAUGCUGGCCUACCCGUCUCUAUUUUGAGCUCUCGGCAGGACAAAGUAUCGAUUUUGGCCAAGUGAUGAAGACAGUGUCUUUCGUUUUUUGACGACGGUGUCGAGCGCGACAGAUAGCCACUCUCUCACACACGCGCGCUCGCUCGGUCGCAGGAUGCUACCCCUCCAACCCUCAUCUCCCCCAACCUCUCUGCACUGUCUUCUUCGUUGACAAGCAGCAGGAUCACACAACGAUGGUAGACCUGUCCACGAGCCUUCCACUUGCCCAACGUUGGCCGGCAGGCUGCUGGUAGAAACCUUUGACCAAGGGAGGCUUUCUGUCCUGACCACCGCAUCGCGCUUGGGAGUCAGCCUCGGCGUCAGACCGCCUCGGUGCAUCAGCAGUCUCGGGGAGGGGGUUGGCUGGCGCAAGCAAAAGGAAGACCAGGCAGGCCGGCCGUCACAGUGGGGGGCUGGCCGAGGCGACAUCGCCUGCAGUCUUGUUGGUGAUCUGUGGAAGUAAAAGAGGGUCCAUUUUUUGACUGCGGUUGCAUCUGGCUGGAGACACCAGCGCCAGUGUCGCUCAAGGGUUGGUGGGAAGGCUUGCUGCCAUCCGGUGCUUCGUGGGCUGGCAUCGCCAUAGCUGGAGCCGCGUUGCCAGCCAAUUGCUGGUCACUUGCGUCAUUGUCCUUUUACACCGUUCGAAGAUUUCCUUCCCACCUCUCCCCCCGUGAUGCUGGGCGACGUCGGGUCGUGACCUGUGUGUGUGUGUGAGUGGCGGAGUGCGGCGUCUGGUACGCUGGACCAUCAGCACGUCCAGUGUCACACCAAGCACCCUCCCGCGCUAUGUCCACCGCACGCGGACAUGGGUCAAGGAAGGACUGAGCGGGCACGACGCGCGCGUGGGCUUGUGUUCAUGGGAUUCUGACCAAAACAUCAUUUGGUUAAAGUGUUCAUUUCUUCACCUCGCAAGGAGAAUUCGCGGGUGUAGCAUUCUUCAAGCGAAGCGCCGUGUGUAGAGACGUGUGUCCAGAGCAUCUUGUAGUCAGGAGCCGUUUACAAGACUUGCUUAUCUCCGCCAAGCACUGAUAGAGUGUCAGUGAAUCACACAUCUACACCAUGAUCGACUCUACCAUGUUCCUGAAUACUCUCACGCCCAAGUUCUACGUGGCUUUAACUGGAACAUCCUCUCUGAUCUCAGGACUCAUUCUGAUAUUUGAAUGGUGGUAUUUUAAAAAGUAUGGAACAUCUUUCAUUGAGCAAGUGUCGCUGAAUCAUAUAUCUCCAUUGCUGGGGGGUGGUGAUGGUAGUAGCGCUGAUAUAAACAGUGGAAACGCAACGCCAUCCACAUCAGUGUCAAACACCGCAACUUCAGAUGCCACUCGCAAUGCUUCUAGUCAACAAUCUUCCAUUCCAGAUUGCAAGGUGUGGCGGAACCCUCUUAAUCUGUUUCGUGGUGCGGAAUACCAACGUUUCAGCUGGGCCACAGGCAAGGAGCCUCUGACAUACUAUGACAUGAACCUUUCUGCACAGGAUCAUCAGACAUAUUUUACAUGUGAAGCCGAUGCUGGCAAACCAGAAUAUGAAAUAAUGCAAAUGGCAUGGAGAGAGAGAAACCCCCAAGCGCGUAUCAAAGCAGCACAUGAAGCCCUUGAAAAAAACCCAGAUUGCACACCAGCAAUGAUUCUUUUAGCAGAAGAAGAAGCAACUACUAUUGUCGAAGCAGAGAAAAUGUUAAAACUGGCACAUAAAUCAGCUGAUGCCAGCUAUCGCAGGUCACAAGCUACACAACACCAAAACUCUACACAGGAAGCUCUUCAUCGGCGAGACCUAAACAUGCUGGUUUACAUCAAACGACGGCUCGCCAUGUGUGCACGUAAAUUAGGACGCACAAGGGAAGCAGUCAAGAUGAUGAGAGAUUUGCUGAAAGAAUCUCCUGUUAUCAACUUCAGUAUUCAUGAAAACCUUAUAGAGGCUUUGCUGGAGUUGCAGGCUUAUGCUGAUGUACAGGCUGUCUUGGCUAGGUUUGAUGAUAUCAGCUUGCCAAAGUCAGCCACUAUCUGCUAUACAGCUGCACUUCUCAAAGCCAGAGCAGUGGCAGACAAAUUUUCUCCAGAUAUAGCCUCUAAACGAGGGCUUAGUACAGCAGAAAUGACUGCAGUAGAAGCCAUUCACAGGGCUGUUGAGUUCAAUCCACAUGUCCCUAAGUAUCUACUAGAAACAAAGAGCCUGAUCUUAUCACCAGAACAUAUCUUGAAGCGUGGUGACAGUGAAGCAAUUUCAUAUGCAUUUUUUCACUUACAACACUGGAAGCGAGUGGAAGGUGCUCUCAACCUCUUGCACUGUACCUGGGAGGGAACCUUUCGAAUGAUUCCAUAUCCACUGGAGAAAGGACACCUUUUCUACCCAUACCCUACAUGCACAGAGAAUGCUGACAGAGAACUGCUUCCUUCCUUUCACGAGGUCUCUGUGUACCCCAAGAAAGAGCUUCCCUUCUUCAUCCUCUUCACUGCUGGCCUGUGCUCCUUCACCGCACUGCUGGCCCUGCUCACACAUCAGUAUCCUGAACCCAUGGGCAUUGUGGUCCGAACUAUGUUAGGCUGGCUGUAUCUCCCACUCAGCUAUAUUCUGGAAAAACUGGAGGCCAUCUUGCCAUCCAAUCUGCUUCACCAGCUGUCCCGCAUCUGACCUGAUUGCUAUCAGAUCGCACACAUUGUGAAAACCCCUUGUGCCCUUCAUCAGACAGUGUCGCCAUUUUUCUCUUUUGUUACAGUGGAACUCCACGCAACACUGCCAUAGGUCUUUCCUGAGAAGUAAAGCUGUCUUCAUGUAUCUGUUUUUGUUUUAUUUUUUUCAAAACAAAGUAUAUGACUUGUUCUAGUUAUUUAUUAUUUUUUUUUUGUUUACUGUUUGUUUGCAUGUAUGCACUUGUUAGUGCACAACUUUUGCUUUUACUUUACAGCAUAUAGAGGGGUAAGAUUCUGAACAUGGAUUUUCCUAAUAUCAUAUUUUGAGUUUUAAAGUAUCCUAUUUAUUUUUAUGAUUUCUGUGGAUAGUCUUGGUAAUUGUAAUUUCACCCUUGCUUUACAAGCAAGUAUUUUAUGAGCUUCUGUUGCCUGCUUUCAGUCCUGCUUCUUAGUUGUUUAGCCUGUUUUUCAUCAGCCUUGUCAAUUCAGUAGCUUUGUUCCAGCUACCUAGGAUGGACUAGCUUGACAUCGUGGUCUCUGGAGUCGAGAGACUAUUUCUGGCACUAAUCAAGCUCUUGUGUUUGUGUCAUCAGUGUAUAAGACUAGUCAGAUCUUCCCUGGGCUGCCUUGUUCCAUGACGUUUCAGCAUGGCAACAAAUGGCACAGAUGCCUAUGUAGCCUGACUGUUUCUACAAUUAGCGGAUGAAAUUCUUCUGGAUAUCUUAUUGUGUGACAUUUCUCCACACAAGGAACAGAGUGCAGCUACACUUGGUGACAUUAGGGUCUUAAGCAAAAGCUUUAAUGUGGAGCAGGUCAAAGCCAAUAUGUUAGGAUGUACUGUAAAGAUUAUUUUACUGUCCACAGGUUAUUUUUGCUGGCUUUACAAGCCCAACAGUGCUUAUCCUGAAGUCUUUGUACUGUGGAUUACGAGUACCCUGCAUUUGAAACAGGCAUGGUCCAGCAUGAAAAAAAGAAAGACUUUUGAGAAAGACA